AUCGCCAAGGACACCGAAAGACUAAAAUCUUCAACUCGUAACAGGGAAGCACAACUUUAUCGGGAGAAAGUACGAAAACUGUUGACCUACAAGAUGAUACAGUGAUUGAGGACAUAGUAUUAGGUACUAUGACUGCUGGAGUAGCGGCCAGGAGGAAGACCAGGCCUAGAAGGAGCUGGGCGAAGGUGGAGCAGGAUGGUCAGGCAUCAGACUUCACCGACAUAGGAGACUGGCCGACAUUAGGCGCUGCCGUGUCGGGUGGAGCCAGGUGUCAUUCUACACCACCUCCUCACGAUGCAGACUCUUCACAUCAUAAUGGGACUGCUGAACAAGACCGCAAGCCACCAGAGGAGCCUCAUCAUCAUCAGCCCUCUAAACCCGAGAGGGUGGAGACCACACACAACCAUCAACACAAUGAGAAACACCACGACAAACACUCGGAUCGAGCCAAGAGUUCAGGUGCCGGCAAAGGCAGCAGUAAGUCGGGGAAGCACAAAUGGGUGCCUCUGGAUAUCGACGUGAAGGCAGCACGGCCCGGGAAGCAUGGUCCUCAACACUCUACGAGACCGGAGAACGACACGGUCUCUCUCAACGGUGAGGAGAGCCGUUCGCGAGGCGGGUCUAGGUCCCGUGGAGGCCGGGGCGGAGCCCGAGGCGGGCGCCGGGGUGCACCCCGCCCUGCCUCGGCGCUCCCAUCACUGCCAGCUCCACACCACCAUACGCUAUACCAUCACGCCCAUGAUUUUCCACAUCACCCGGAUUUGGCCCAGCAGCUACGGGUAUCUGCAACCGGAGUCGCACAGGUGGUGGUACCCUUCGGAGGUCUGGCAGCGUUGGGAGCUCCCCUAGCUCCCCCACUGGCACAGGCCUUCUACUACGGCGCAGCGGCGGCUACAGCGACCCCAUAUGGUAUGGGAUUGGACCACGCCACACUGAAGGAUUUGAUUAAGAAGCAGAUCGAAUACUACUUCAGUCCGGAUAACUUAGCCCGUGACUUUUUCCUCCGCCGUAAGAUGGCCGCGGACGGGACUAUCCCCGUUACGCUCAUUGCCUCCUUCCACCGCGUGAGGGCGCUCACGGCGGACGUGCAACUCGUGCUUGAUGCUAUACGUGAUUCCGAUAAGCUGCAGCUCAUUGGAGGAUUCAAGGUCAGAACAGCCUUCGAACCGACAAAAUGGCCGAUCCUAGACAUAACCUCGAGCACAAACCCAGAAGAAAAUAAACCAGAACAGCCGAACACAUCCGAAGAAAAACCGAAGACGCCCGAAGCUGACACUGACAAAGAAACCGCGAAAGAAGAAGCUCCAAGUAUAGAAGUUAAUGAAAGAGUCGAAAACGUUGAAGAAAAGAAAUUCGAAAAUAUCGUCAAGGAGCCCACAAUAACAACCGUUGAAAAAUUCGAGACACAACAGCAACCCUCGCAACCAUCGGCUACAGUAGAGGAGAUACACGAUCAAGAUAUACCAGAGGUGUCCGCAGUAUUAGAAGUGGGAGAGAACGCAGAAGAGAAGAAGAAAGAGGCAGAGUUUGAAGGCAAUAAGCCAGUAGACCCCACUGAUGAUCCGCCACUGCAGUCUGAGGGCAAUGAAGAGAAGCCUGGUGAAAAACGCCGUAAGAAGCAGAUGGUGGGUAUCUUCCCUCUGCCGACGAUGGGAGGUCCUCUUGUUGCGCCAGUUUCAUCACUCCUCAGGGCCGUGCCUCCGCCACCGCUACCCAGAAUGUUUCGCACGGGUCGCGGAGGGCUGGCGGGCGGGGCUGCCGCGCACGAUUCGCUCAACCCCGACGUUCCGGAGUUCGUGCCGCUUGCAUUACGACAUGAGGAGUGCAAUGACAAAUCCGAUAGCUUGGACGACAGACCAAGCUCGGGGACCAUCAGCCCCAACUCAGAACAAGUUUGGACUGAGGUAAAACGCCGUACGAAAGCUGGUUCCCGCGAGCGUACAGCUGCUGCAGCGGAAGAUGAACCUCGCGAGGAGUUACACUUCCAGCUCGAUGAGGAACUGGAGUUACCGCCGCCCAGGCAUAACACAUUCACUGACGCUUGGUCUGACGAGGAAUCGGACGCAGAAUUCACGGACCGCGACGUCGGCCGCCUGCUUAUAGUGACGCAGACUGCCGCCCGACAGCCCAAGCAUGACGGACACGACCGCCAGGGAGACUGGAACACUCGCACCAAGAUCACGCAGGACCUCGAACAGGUUAUUACUGAUGGGUUGAGACGGUAUGAAGAAGAUUUGUGGAAUGACACAGACUAUCCAUCGUCGUACGGCAGCCAGACGUACCGCACGGUGUCGCUGAUCAGCCGCGAGCAGUUCGAGGCGGCCGUGCCCAACGAGAAGCACUACAACCCCGCCGAGCCGCCGCCGCCGCCGCCGCGCCCGCUGCAGGUAUCGCAGCAGGCUGAGUCGUCUACAGAAGGCAGGACGGGGCGACGGCCGAGACGCACGGCUCGCUUCUACGCAGCCAGCAAGGAUCCACACGCUACUGACGUUAUAAGCAGCCGCAAGCACAAGACGCGCCACUCGCUGAACCCGCCCGUGGAGCACCACGUCGGCUGGAUCAUGGACAUACGUGAACAUCGCGCAAGGACGCACAGCACCGGGUCGUCGGUGGGCACGUCCCCGACGCUGGGGUCGUCGUGCGGGUCGGUGCCGGCGUCGCUGCCGACGUUCCACCACCCCAGCCACGGCCUGCUGCGGGAGAACCACUUCACGCAACAGGCCUACCACAAAUACCACUCGCGCUGCCUUAAAGAACGUAAGAAGCUGGGCAUAGGACAGUCACAGGAGAUGAACACACUGUUCCGGUUCUGGUCGUUCUUCCUACGAGACCACUUCAACCGCACCAUGUAUAAUGAAUUCAGAACGCUAGCCAACGAGGACGCGUCAGCCGGUUUCCGUUACGGCCUGGAGUGUCUAUUCCGUUUCUACUCGUACGGACUCGAACGGAAGUUCAGACCAGAACUAUAUCAACACUUCCAGCAGGAAACCGUCGCCGAUUAUGAAAAGGGUCAGUUAUACGGCUUAGAAAAAUUCUGGGCGUUCCUGAAGUACUACAAGCAUACAGGAGCGUUGCAGGUCGACCCCAAGCUGCAGGGGUAUCUGGAGAACUUCCAGAGCAUCGAAGAUUUUAGGGUGCUUGAGCCCCAACUGAACGAGCUGCUGGCGGCGGCGGGCCCGGCGGCCCCGGGGCGCGGCCCGCACGCGCGGCCCUACGACCGCACGCGCUCCGUCUCCGAGAGCGACCGCGCCGCCGCCGCCGCACGAAACCCCAGGGCGCAGGGCGGCCCCCGCGCGGCCCCCAGCACCAACCGCGGCCGCGCCGGCUCCUGCGGCGCGCAGAGCGUCGUCGCCACCGCGCGCACCAGGGCAACACCAAAAACGAAACAAGACAGCGGAGAGCCGAAGCCGUUAGCAGCCAAACAGUGA